GCCGCUCGCGGCUGCGCAACACUUUUCUCGCCGCCGCCGCAGCCGCAGCAGCAGCCGCAGCAGCCGCUCGCAUAAACUUUGUCCGCUUGCUGUGGCCGCGUCGAGGCUUGGGGGAUGAGUCCGGCGAGGUGGGGCCGAGGCGGCCCGGCCGCGAGCUGAGAGGAGGCGGAGGAGGAGGAGGCGGGGAGAGCGGCAGAGGGACGAGGGACGACGCGGCGCCUUUCUCCACCCCAUGGAACGCCUCAAGUUGCGAGCUCCGGCCGCCGCCGCCGCUGAGGAGGAGGAGGAGGACUGCGACCCUCCAGAUGCUGAAAGUGGCGCCGGCGGCGGCGGCGAUGCCGACGUUGCUGCGCCGUGCACGAGCAGCACGGGAACGACGGUGCCUGGCGGGAAGGGAGCCCUGGCGGAGCGGGUGCGAGCGGCGGGCGUCGCGUGCCAGGCCGGUGACUUUGCCGGUGCCGUGCGGCUCUACGGGGAGGCGGUGGCCAUGAGCCCCCAGAACUGUGCCCUCUAUUGCAACCGCUCGGCUGCGCUGGCGCGGAUGGGUCAGCACCAGCGUGCGCUCCAGGACGCCGAGACGGCGCAGCGCAUCAACCCGCGUUUCCCAAAGGCCUACUUCCGGCAGGGCCUGGCGCUGCAGUACCUGGGCCGGCACGCCGACGCCCUGGCCGCUUUCGCAUCCGGCCUGGCCCAGGAUGCCAAGAGCCUGCAGCUGCUCGUCGGGAUGGUGGAGGCCGCCAUGAAGUCGCCGCUCAGAGGCUCACUGGGCCCGACGUACGAGCGGCUGCAGAAGAUGCGUCUGGACAAGAGCCCCUUCGUGGUGGUGUCGGUGAUCGGCCAGGAGCUGCUGGCGAGCGGCGAGCACCGUGCCUCUGUCGUGGUGCUCGAGGCGGCGCUCAGCAUCGGCUCGUGCAGCCUCAAGCUGCGCGGCUCCGUCUUCUCGGCGCUGAGCUCGGCCUACUGGGCGCUGGGGCAGCCGCACAAGGCCAUCGCCUACAUGCAGCAGGACCUACAGGUUGCCAAGGCCCUCGGUGACCCUGCGGGUGAGUGCCGGGCGCUGGCCAACCUCGGGGCAGCCCACUUCUCCCAGGGGAACUACAAGGAGGCCCUCAACAGCCACCGCCUGCAGCUGGUGGUCGCCAUGAAGCAGAAGAACCGAGAGGGAGCCGCGGGGGCACUGGCGAGCCUGGGCCACGUAUACGCGGCGCUGGGCGACCACCCCAACUCGCUGGCAAGCCACAAGCAGUGCGCGCUGCUGGCGCAGCAAGCGGGCGACCGCCUGGGCGAGGCGCGGCAGCUGGGCAGCAUGGGCGCCGUCUACCUGGCCAUGGGCGACUCGGACAGCGCCCUCGAGUGCCACGCGUGCCACUUGCGGCUGGCGCAGGAGCUGGAGCACCCGCACGAGGAGGCGCGCGCGCACAGCAACCUCGGCGGCACGUGCCACGUGCGCCGAGACUUCUCGCGGGCACUGGAGCACCACGCCCGCGUGCUGGAGCUGGCGCAGGAGCUCGGCGACCGCGCCGGCGAGGCCCGGGCCUACGCGGGGCUGGGCCACGCCUGCCGCUGCCUGGGCGACCUGCCGCGCGCCAAGCAGCACCACCAGCGCCAGCUGGACGUCGCCAUCGGCCUGCGGCACAAGGCCAUGGAGGGUCGCGCCUGCUCCAACCUCGGGAUAAUCCACCAAAUGAUGGGCGACUACCAGACGGCGCUGAAGCUGCACAAGGCGCACCUGCUGAUCGCCAAGCGCGUGGGCGACUACGCAGGGCAGGGCCGCGCCUACGGCAACAUGGGCAAUGCGUUCAGCGCGCUGGGGCUGCACGAGCGCGCCGUGGCCUACCAUCAGCUGGAGCUGCGCAUCUCCACGGAGGUGGGCGAGCGCGCGUCGCAGGCCUCCACGCACGGGAACCUGGCGGUGGUGUACCAGGCGCUGGGCGCGCACGACAAGGCGCUGGCGCACUACUCGCGCCACCUGUGCCUGGCGCGCGAGCUGGGCGACGGGGCGGCGCAAGCACGCGCCCUCAGCAACCUCGCCAACUUCCACGCGUCGCGCGGCGACUUCGCUCGCGCCGUGCCCUACUACGAGCAGUACCUGCGCGUGGCGGCGGGAGAGCUGCAGGACCUGGAGGGCGAGGCGCGCGCCAGCCACAACCUCGGCUACGCGCACUACCGCCUCGGCGAGCACCGGCAGGCGGCGCGUUGCUACCGCCAGCACCUGGGCCUGGCCGCCGACCUGCGCGACAAGCCGGGCCGGGCGCGCGCGCUGUGCAAUCUGGGGUUGGCGCACGCCGCGCUGGGCGAGGUGGCGCAGGCCGAGGACUGCCAGCGCCGCUUCCUGGAGUUGGCGACGGAGCUGGGGGACGAGCGGGCGCGGUUCCGCGCGCUGGGGAACCUGGCCGACGUGCUGCUGUGCCGCGGAGACGCGGACGGCGCCGCCGAGCUCUACCAGAAGCAGCUGGAGGCGGCGCGGGCGGCUCGCGACCGCGGCCUGGAGGCGGCGGCGCACGCAGGGCUGGGCGCGGCGCACGGAUCGGUGCGGCGCUACGACAAGUCGUUGGCGUGCCACACGCAGGAGCUGGAGGCGUGCCAGGAGAUGGGGGACGUGGCCGGGGAGUGCCGCGCGCAGGGGCACCUGGGCGCCGUCUACACGGCGCUGGGGCGCUACACCGUCGCCUUCAAGUGCUUCGACGAGCAGCUGGAGCUGGCGCAGCGCCUGAAGGACGCCGGCGUGGAGGCGCGGGCCUACGGCAACCUGGGCAUCACCAAGAUGAACAUGGGGCUGUUUGAAGACGCCGUCGGAUACUUUGAGCAGCAGCUGGGCUCCCUGCAGCAGCUGCCCGAGGGCUCGGAGGCGCUGGCGGAGCGCGGGCGCGCGUACGGGAACCUCGGCGACUGCUACGAGGCGCUCGGGGACUUCGAGGAGGCGGCUAAGUACCAGGAGCAGGCGCUGGGGGCGGCGCGCGGCGCCGGCCGCACCCAGGAGCAGGCGAGGGCCUACCGGGGCCUGGCCAAUGCGCACAGGGCGAUGGGGAACCUGCAGCAAGCGCUCGUGUGUCUGGAGAAGCGGCUGGUGGCGGCGCACGAGGCUGGCGACGCGGGAGGCUGCGCCCAGGCCUACGGGGAGCUGGGCGCGCUGCACGCCACGCUGGCGCGCUGGGACGCGGCCCUGUCCUGCCUGCAGCGCCAGCUCAGCGCAGCGCGACAAGCGCAGGACGCGGCCAUGGAGCUGGAGGCGAGCUCGGCGCUAGGCUCGGUGUGCCGCCGCAUGGGCGACCACGCGGCCUCCCUGUCGCACCACGAGCGUGAGCUGGCGCUGGCAGACCGCGCCGGCGACCCGCGAGCGCGGGCUCGGGCGCACGGCAACCUGGGCCUGACGUGCGAGGCGCUGGGCGACGCGCGGAGGGCUGUGGGCCACCACGAGCGCCAGCUGAGCACGGCGGCGCAGGCGCACGACGGGGGCGCCGACAGGGCGCAGGCCUACCUGGGGCUGGGCCGCACGCACCAUGCGCUGCGGCAACACGCGCAGGCCGUCAGCUACCUGAAGGAAGGACUGAAGCUGGUGGAGCAGCUGUCGCGGCGUGAGGAGGAGGCCCGGAUCCGGCACUGCCUGGGGCUGGCGCUGUGGGCCGGGGGGAACCUGGAGGAGGCACAACACCAGCUGUACGCGGCGUGCACGCUGCUCGAGGGGCUGUGCCGGGGCGCAUCGUUUCCGAGCGGCGGCGGCGGCGGCGACACGCAGCUUUCGCUGUCCCAGCUGCAUGCGUCCAGCUGCCAGGCGCUGCAGCGCGUGCUCGUCACACUCGGCCGUCCCGGGGAGGCGCUGGUGGCGGCCGAGCGAGCGCGGUCGCUCGCAGAGCGCCAGGGACAGGGGUCGGGGGGACCCCGCUCGGCAGCCCCCUCGUCCGCUUCCCCCGGGACCCCUAGGUCCCCCGGGACCCCCGAGCGGGGCGAGCGGCCCGGGUCGCCGGUGCCACCGCCGCCCUCCCUGGAGCGGCUGCUGGAGGUCGUGGGGACGCAACGCGGCCUCGUGCUCUACUUCUCCAUCGCCGCCGGCUUCCUCUACAGCUGGCUGCUCGCACCCAACGAAGGCGUGCGGAGGUUCCACGCCAGCCGGCUCGUGCAAGAGGCGGAGGGGGAGGCCCUGGGUCCGGCCGAUGCCGGCGGCCUCCAGAGCCAGUGCGGCGUCGCACUGGAGGGUCACGUGACUGCCGCGCGAGUUGCGCUCGGAGCGGAGGCGGGGGCGGCCAGCAGGUCUGGGGGUGACAGUGAGAGUGCAAGCGAGGUCGGGGACACCCCAGACGAGGAGUCGGGCCCCCCACGGUCUCUCGCGCAGGACUCCACCCUCAGCAGGCGGGGCCGGGUCGGCACGAGGGCGAGCGCUGCAAGCAGGAGCCUGAGCCCCCGAACUUCGGCCACGCCGCCCUCCAGUCCCCCCGGGCCGCCCUCGCCCCCCGGCGCUUCCGCGGGCCCCAGCAGCCCCGCGCUGAGCCCCCCGAGCGGCACGAGGAGCCGCUCGGUCGGGCGGGCGGCAACGGCGGCAGGGAGCAAGCGUGGCGACAAGGACCCGCUGGGGUUCCUCUACGACCUUCUCGUCGCCCCCAUGGAAGGGAUGCUGGGCACGGAGGAGCCCCGGGAGCUCGUGCUGGUGCUGGACGCGGAGCUGUUCCUGGUGCCGUUUGCACUCCUCCGUUCGGACGCGUGCGCCGAGUUCCUGUGCGAGCGCUUCAGCCUGCGCGCCGUGCCCUCGCUCGGAGCCCUCACCCACCGCCCCCAGGGCUCCGCCGCAGCGUCGGUCUCGGCGCUGGUCGUGGGCGACCCGUGGCUGCCGAGCUCGGCGCGAGCUCGCUGGCGCUGGCCGCCGCUGCCGUCGGCGCGGGACCAGGCCUCGGUCGUAGCGCACGCGGCCGGGUGCCGGCCCCUCGUGGGCCACGCCGCCACCAAGUCCGCCGUGCUGGACGCGGCGUGCACCGCGGAGUGCCUCCACUUCUGCACGCACGUCUCCUGGAAGCUCUCCGCGCUGGUGCUCGGCCCCCGGGCAUGCCAAGAGUCCGGUGCCACCGCCGCCGCCGGUCCCGACGGAGGCCAGAGGAGCGGCGCCCGCGCGGCCGGCGCCGGGAACGCGUCGGGAGCCGCGGCAGGAGCCGGCGGACCGGACUCGGCCGAGGGAGAAGCGGGCGACGUUGAUGGUGCUCACGAGGCCCCCGUGCCGGGCACCGUCUAUGGGGGGGGGUCCCUGGAUGAGCUGGCGCCGGACGCCCCCCCCGCCGGGGAGUUCCUCCUCACUGCCAGCGAGGUGGCGUCGCUGCGUUUGUCGGCGCGGCUCGUGGUGCUCGGCUGGCCGCGCGAGUGCUGCGCUCCACUGGUUCCCGGCGGCUUCGUGGGCCUGGCCAAGGCUUUCCUGGCGGCCGGGUGCCGGUGUGUGCUGGCCAGCCUGUGGCCCACGCCGGCCGCAGCUGCCCGAGUCCUGAUGCAGGCCUUCUACUCUGCGCUCAUGGAGGGCGUGCGGGCGAGCGUGGCGCUGAAGGACGCCAUGCGGGCCGUGCAGGCACACGCGCAGUUCUCGCACCCGUCCAACUGGGCCGGGUUUGUCCUCAUCGGUCGGGACGUGCGCCUCAACUCCCCGUCGGCGCUGGUGAGGAGGGCGCUGCUGCAGAUCUUACAGUGGCCGGACCGCGCGCGCGACGCCCUGCGGGUCCUGCUGCAUCUGGUGGAGAAGUCCUUGCAGAGGAUACAGCGCGGCCAGGCCAACUCGAUGUACACGUCGCAGCAGAGCGUGGAGAACAAGGUGCACGGUGUGGCUGGCUGGCAGGGCCUGCUCACCGCCAUCGGCUUCCGCCUCGAGCCGCCGGCCAACGGCCUCCCCGCGGCCGUCUUCUUCCCGCUGGCCGACCCCGCGCACCGCCUGCAGCACUGCAGUACCACCAUGCAGGCGCUGCUCGGUCUCCCUCACCCCGCGUUCUACGCCCUCUCCAAGCUCAUCCGGACGGAGGAGGUGGGGGAGCAGCUGGUGCAGCUGAUUCGGCACACGCUCAAGCAGCUCUCGGACGGCGCAGAGCAGGACGGCGGCGGUGCCGGCGGUGGAGGCGGCACCGGCAAGACAGGGGGCGGCGCUGACACUCCGGCGGGGGGCACGGCGACUCAACCCGCCAGGGUCGCCGUGAAGCUGUGGCAGACGCCGGGGUGCCACGAGCUGCUCGCUGCACUCGGCUUCGACCUGUGCGAGGUCGGCAAGGAGGAGGUUCUGCUGAGGACGAGUGGCCAGGCAUCACGCCGGUGUCUGCAGUUCUCGCUGCACUCGCUGCUCGCCUUGUUCGACUGCUCGGAGACAGCCAAGCACUCGAACCUGGAGGGCGCCAGCUCUUUGGAGAGUCUCGUGUCGUCAGAACAGACGGGCAUGGGGCCCCUGUCACUGCGAGGGUGCGAUCCGGACGACCCGGGCCCCCCAUACGGCUACGGCCACAUGCUGCCGGCCUCCGACACCAUCUCCGUCUACAGCCUGAGCUCCAUUGCCUCGGCCCCCAGCUGCUCCUCCUUCUGCGGGGACGACGCGGGCGGCAGCGGCCGGGCGCUGCCACCGCGCUCGCUGUUUGGCCACGGCAGGCCCAAGUCGCUGUGCUCGCACCCGCUGCUGUCCCCGAGGCUGUCCCAUGGGCGCGCGUUCGCAGACACGUCGGCCAACGGCGAGCAGGACUGCGACGCCUUCUCGGAGAUGAGCAGCGAGAUGCUGGACUCGCUGCCCGGCAGCCCCGGCUCGCCACUCUCCCCCGCGUCGUACGUGCCCGGCACGGGCUCGCUGCAGCGUGGCAGCUGCAGGCGCGAGCACGGCUUCGCCAGCGCGCCCAUGUCGCCCCGGAACGGUUUCGCGCCCAGCGCCAACUCCCCAUUCCGCCGCGUGCAGGGGGCCACCCUUGGGGGUACUCUAGGGGGUACUUUGGGGGGCGGCCGCAGGAAGCUGUCGGCGGGAAACUCGUUGGACGCGGCGGAUUCGGACGCGUCCGGCACGGAGAUGAGCGGCGCCGGUUCGGGCUCCCGCGAGCCCAGGCAGCAGCAGCAGCACAAGCGGAUGAACCCUGGCGAGCUGGCGCAGAAGAUCCUGGCCGAGACGCAGACUCACAUGGUGGCUGUGGGGCGGCUGCAGAGGAGCGCCGCGAGCCUCCCGGGCCCCACCAGCCCCCGCAGCAAGAGCCUGUCGGCGCCCCGGGGCCCCUCGAGCAUCGUGACGUCGGAGACAAGCGCCUUCUCCAAACUGGGCGGCUCCGCCACCUUGCGGAACCUGUCGUCGGGCGCCUCCCUGCCGAGGAGUCCCGCCAAACCGAAGCCCCCCGAGCGCGUGUCGUCGCUGCAGAAAAUCAACAGCCUGACGCAGCUCAAUAAGAACCUGUCGUCCAUGUUCGCUCAUUUCCACGGCGCGGCUGAAAGGAAUCCGCCGGUUCCCACGCAGGGGGCCGGCGGACCGGCGGGGACCGACGGGCGCCUGGCCGAGUUGCACCGGAUGAAACUGAAAUAUCCGAGCUCCCCGUACAGCGCCCACAUCUCCAACUCGCCCAAGAACGUGUCGCCCGGCGCGGGCUCAGGGGCGCGGCCCUCGCCCUGCAGCUCCGACGCGACGCCGUCGCCGUCCCACUCGGCGCCGGGCUCGCUGUGCGUGAGCCCUGCCAAGGCCGUGCCACCGCCGCCGCUCGGCCUCGUGGACAACAAGGUGCAGGCCGUGCACAACCUCAAGACGUUCCACUCGAGCUCGUGGCCCUGCCAGCAGCCGGGCCCCUGCCCGCCCGGUGUCGACGCGAAGGCGCGGAGACUGGCCGCGGGAGCCGCCCGGCACGCCGGGCCCGCGGGAGCCGAGGGGCCCCCCGCGUCCCCGCCGCACGACGCGCCCCGCCGCAUCCCCAACUCCAAGAGCGACACGCAGCUCCUCGCGGGACUCGCGGCGCGGGGCGUCCCACCCUCCGGCCCCGAGGAGGUCGGGGGCACCCCCACGGAUACCAAAAAGUGCUCGCUGAAACCCCCUCUGGUGGGACGGUCGGGCCCCUUCAAGACGCUCACGGGCUCGGGUAUGCCGUUCCGGCGCGGACAGAACGCGCUGCCGGGGAAGCGGUUCUUCCCCGCGUCCAAAUGCUGAGGCGGCGCAGAGGAGGAGGAGGCUACGGUUUGGUGGAGGUGUUGGGCCCUCUCCACGUGAGGAGCUUGGUAACGGGACGGACGGCGCAUUGCUCCGCUGUUCACUUCCACGGUGCUGCGCUGCCAGCAGAGGGGAGGGCCGCGGUUUGAUGCCUCUUGGCGUCGUCGCUGAGCGAAGCGUGGCUUGUUUAUGCCAAAAUGAACUCUGCUGUCAACAUGUCUGAACGGUCAUGGUUUUUAAAAGGCCCUAAAUACUUCGUUGUGUCUAGGAGACUCCCCUGAGGUUGGUACACAUCCUGUUAUGGUAGUAUAUAAAUCCUCAUGGGCACAAUUAUGCCCCCACCCGUGGGCAUCUGCGUUUCCAUACACAGCCCUUGGGUGCAGACCAGAAACCACUUACAGUGCCAAAACUUUAAUGGUGCAGAUCUUAACAAAAAAAAUUAUUACAUGAUGACCUUUUCAAAUGACGCGGUUGUCAAACUGUAAUUUGGUUUUAUUGGCCAUUAAAUUAAAUUGGUGCCAUUAAAGUUGUGCCACUUCACGUGGCACGGACCGACGUCUUCUCUUCCCCAUGGAUUAAUGGCAGCACAAGAAGCAAUCCGCUCUACAAUUUUAUAAAAGUGAAUUACCAAUAACAAUGUGCCGAAAUUAUGCCUGCCAUCGUAGACGGGACGUCCUGCCAGCACAAUCAUCGUCCCUCGUCCCCCGUCCCCCAUUCGGAGUGAGAGUAACGACCGGUCGCACCGAGGGCUCCGCACCAGCGCGCCGUGUCGGAGUGGUGGCGCCAGCUCGGGUGCAGUUGGCGCGACGUGGCGGACCCUUCGGCUCCACUACGCGCUCCUCCUCCCCCUCUUCUCUUUGUAUUUAUGAAUUUCAAGCGGACUCCGCUGGCGCGCCUCAAUCAGUAUUUAAUUUGUUUACGUGUACUAUACGUCUUUUAUAUAUAUAAAAUAAUGUACACACGAUGCGCCGUCUGUGGAGAGA